GCUCUGGGCCCCGCCUCGUGGUACCGGCUGGUUCUUCGCGCUCGCCCAACUUCCCAGCGGCCCCGUGCGGCCCGGGCAUGCCCAGUGCGGGCGCAGCGGCCCCGGCCCUGGAAGCGCCCCGGCGGAGCUGGCCCGCGGUGGGCUAGGGGCAGGGCUGGAGUCGCGGCGGCGGAGCUGCGGGUUUGAGAGGUUAUUUGUCCAUGGGAUGCUCGUGUUAAAACAAAAAUCUUCAUUGCAAAGCUUAAGUAAAAACAAGUCUCGACCGCGAUCCUUCAUGAUGAGAUAUUUGGGGACACUUCUCUCUCCUGUGUGUAGUUGAUAGUUUGGUGGUGAAGAGAUGGCUGACAGUGUCAAAACCUUUCUCCAGGACCUUGCCAGAGGAAUCAAAGACUCCAUCUGGGGUAUUUGUACCAUCUCAAAGCUAGAUGCUCGAAUCCAGCAAAAGAGAGAGGAGCAGCGUCGAAGAAGGGCAAGUAGUGUCUUGGCACAGAGAAGAGCCCAGAGUAUAGAGCGGAAGCAAGAGAGACGGAUUCUUGCCCUGUCACCAAGCUGUCACCUGAGAUUGCCGUGGUGCAAUCUCGGCUUACUGCAGCCUCUGCCUCCCAGGUCCAAGCAAUUCUUCUGCCUCAGCGUCCCGGCUGGCUGGAAGUACAGUGAGCCACGUAUUGUUAGUAGAAUUUUCCAGUGUUGUGCUUGGAAUGGUGGAGUGUUCUGGUUCAGUCUCCUCUUGUUUUAUCGAGUAUUUAUUCCUGUGCUUCAGUCGGUAACAGCCCGAAUUAUCGGUGACCCAUCACUACAUGGAGAUGUUUGGUCGUGGCUGGAAUUCUUCCUCACGUCAAUUUUCAGUGCUCUUUGGGUGCUCCCCUUGUUUGUGCUUAGCAAAGUGGUGAAUGCCAUUUGGUUUCAGGAUAUAGCUGACCUGGCAUUUGAGGUAUCAGGGAGGAAGCCUCACCCAUUCCCUAGUGUCAGCAAAAUAAUUGCUGACAUGCUCUUCAACCUUUUGCUGCAGGCUCUUUUCCUCAUUCAGGGAAUGUUUGUGAGUCUCUUUCCCAUCCAUCUUGUCGGUCAGCUGGUUAGUCUCCUGCAUAUGUCCCUUCUCUACUCACUGUACUGCUUUGAAUAUCGUUGGUUCAAUAAAGGAAUUGAAAUGCACCAGCGGUUGUCUAACAUAGAAAGGAAUUGGCCUUACUACUUUGGGUUUGGUUUGCCCUUGGCUUUUCUCACAGCAAUGCAGUCCUCAUAUAUUAUCAGUGGCUGCCUUUUCUCUAUCCUCUUUCCUUUAUUCAUUAUCAGCGCCAAUGAAGCAAAGACCCCUGGCAAAGCGUAUCUCUUCCAGUUGCGCCUCUUCUCCUUGGUGGUCUUCUUAAGCAACAGACUCUUCCACAAGACAGUCUACCUGCAGUCGGCCCUGAGCAGCUCUACUUCUGCAGAGAAGUUCCCUUCACCGCAUCCGUCGCCUGCCAAACUGAAGGCUGCUGCAGGUCACUGAGUUGCCUGCCAUCCAAAGGGGAUGGGCGGGAUUGGAAGAAGCUGUGGCAGCUCUUUUCCCUGUUCACCUCCCCCCUGCCAGGGAAGGCAGGACCCACUCUGCCAAGGGCCCUCUGCGUAUUCCCUUCUCUCUGAGGAAUUGAAAUUUUUGUCUCUGGUGCACGUAAGGCAGAAUGUUCCCUGACACCAGUGUGUGGAUUUUUAACAUCACCGUGAGUCUGAAAGGACCACAGGUUUUUCUGCAGCUAUUUUCUAGCAUUUGGCAGUCCCUGUGCCUGGACUGAUUGGAACACUUUGUUUUUCUCCCUGUGCCAUUUACCCUUCCACCUUUCCAUCCUGCCUUCUACCACCCUUGGAUGAAUGGAUUUUGUAAUUCUAGCUGUUGUAUUUUGUGAAUUUGUUAAUUUUGUUGUUUUUCUGUGAAACACAUACAUUGGAUAUGGGAGGUAAAGGAGUGUCCCAGUUGCUCCUGGUCACUCCCUUUAUAGCCAUUACUGUCUUGUUUCUUGUAACUCAGGUUAGGUUUUGGUCUCUCUUGCUCCACUGCAAAAAAAAAAAAAAAAAAAAAAAAGCCUGAAGAGAUGAGAUAGGAGGAAAGACCUCACAGCCAGAUCUGCUGGGUUUUGAGGAGUGAUUUUCUUUCUUCCCCUUGAAGGGGAAAAAGCUAUUUUCACUGGUACAUUUAAAGUCCCCCAACUAUGGGGAGGUACCAAUUCUGGACAAGUGCCACUGCAACAACACUAAACCUGAACUUUUCAACUCCGUUGGUGGUGGGAGGCAGUGGGCAGAAAUUUACUGUUGGCCACUGCCAGGUCUGUUUCAUAUUUCAAAGGAAUAUUGGGUGCUGCACAUAGGAACUGAAGGGGUAAAUGUAUUAAACCUGUGAUUGGUUGUUUUCCUGUCAUUUUGAGAGACUAAAUGUGGGGGGCAGAUGUCAAAAUACUUGUACAAUUUUAAAAUGUCACAAUUAAACGUGAGCUGGUUUCCCACAAA